AUGACUGACUUGUCCCCCACCGCUGAUAAUCUCGAUCAAUCCUCCACAGCCGUUGAUAUCACCGGCAAGAUUAUGGCGCAGACGCCGUGCUCAACAGGAACAAUACUUGCCGCUCCAGAGCCAUCAUCAUCAUCAUCGGCUGCUUUUCCCACUAAUGUUUUGAUUUGGGGAAACCACCACCAGACUAUCUCUUCUACUACUUCCGAACAGAACACUUGUUCUUCUUCCUCAUCCGAUGGAAUGUUGAGGAUUGAUAUACCCAAUGAAACUGAGGCAACUACUUCAUCAUCAUCACCAUCACCAUCACCAUCAUCGCCCUCAGCAACAGGAGGGAGGUUGAGGUCGUUGAAGAGGCUUUUAAGCAACACCAGACUAAAUCCUUGGAGUCCAACUGCUGCUGCUGCAUCUGCAUCUCUCCAACAACAAACAAAACCAAAGGAAUCACCAGCAGGACACAGCUGA